ACGAGUCCCAGCUCACGCUCACCUGGUCGGUGUCGCGCCGCCGUCGUUUGAUCAGGAUGCCCGCCUCGCGCACGCGAGUCCUUUAAGCGUCACCAGCAGCGCGGGCUGGAGCCAGUAGGUGGAGCGCGCGCAGCGAGUUUGGUGCAGUGAGCGGGGAGAUUUCUGGCACGAUUUGCCGACGUGUCGAAUCUGUAGUCACUUGUCUUUGACUCAAUUUACCUACACCGACGUCUGUCAUUGAGAAACAUGGCUGCCUCCACGGGUGCUGCAAACGCUGCUGCCUCCGACUUACGCGGUCCAGCUUCGGCGGAUUCGAGCACGGACAACCCCACGAUCCAGUACAGCGCAAUCCUGGAGCACCUCGUCGGGGACAAGAGGGCCGUGAAGGAGCUGAGUCCUGGCGUUAUGGGCGGACUGCCGGUGCCCUUUAAAAGCGACGAGCAGAAGAUGAUCGAGAGGGGAAUGGAGAGCUGCGCCUUCAAGUCGGUUCUGGCCUGCGUGGGAGGGUUUGUCCUCGGAGGAGCAUUUGGUGUUUUCACUGCAGGCAUCGAUACCAAUGUUGGCUUCGACCCCAAAGACCCCCUGAAAACCCCGUCAGCGCGAGAAGUCCUCAAAGACAUGGGCCAGAGGGGGAUGUCGUACGCCAAGAACUUUGCCAUCGUGGGCGCCAUGUUCUCCUGCACAGAGUGCAUCAUAGAAUCACACCGGGGGAAGUCCGACUGGAAGAACGGCGUGUACAGCGGCUGUGUCACGGGGGGGGCCAUCGGAUUCCGCGCCGGCCUGAAAGCCGGGGUGCUCGGAUGUGGAGGCUUUGCUGCGUUCUCCGCCGCCAUUGAAUAUUAUUUACGGUGAACCACGAAAGAACGACUCUUAUCGGGACUCUGUGGGAUGCGCGCGUGGACAAGCCGUGUGACCAAUGGGAUUGUUUACCUGCACGUGGAGGAUUGCGGGGAAAAAGCAGAGCUGAUGUUUUGGGUGGGAGCGACGGGUUUGUGUACAGUGGUGGGGAAAGAGACUCGGUUCUUUCAUCACAGUUUGAGAAAAGCAGAGCAGCUUCCUGACGAGACUUUCCAGACAUGACCAGAGUGGAUCUCUGCUUCUAUGUUGAAGGCAUAAAAUGUUCUUAUCACUGUUGUUACUGUAGGACAUUUGUAUGAUGUGGCUACCGGACUAAUCCACAUCAAAUCAUUUUAAUUAAAAAUGUUGUUGUUUUUUUUUGAAUUUUUCAGAACUUUUCUUUUUUAAGUAUACACACAAGUGUCCAUGACAAUCCAAUUAUUAUUAUUACAAAGAAAAUAAUAAAGUCAAUAGUAUAGUGCCAGUAGGCUUGUGUUGUUAGAUGGCUUUAGGAUAAACCAACAUACUGUUGUCUGAGGUGCCGGUGAAUGUGUCACAUCAGGAGCAUUUCAGAUCAAUUGAACUGCGUCAAAAAUCAAAUCAUAUGAAUCAUUUGUAUUUUUUCUCAAGACGUUCAGAUGUGAAAUAACUGGAAACAACAAGGAGUGAGUCAUAUUGGCUACAUGUGCGAAGGGAUUAAAUGGACAUAUUUAAAGUGUUAA